ACUACCUAAAAGCAGGAAGUAGCUACGUUAGUGGAUCAUCCAUCCAAACCACAAGCAGCCGAAACAAAAACAAAGCCUACAAAAUUAUAUUUUGGGCAGAUGUGGAUUUUUUGAUGUACUGCUGAGGCCAGCAGUCGAAACUUGUAAUCUACAUAUCGCGUGGACGCGUUUGGGCAAACAAGAACAUGGGGCAGCAUCUUGGAAAACAUGAGCCACUUUCUGUUCCCAAGGGAUCAUCAGCAGUAUCUGAACACAUCCCAACAGACUCACCGGAGUCACAAGAUGAGGUAUUUGGACUGGGGGAGGCGGACCUCAACCAGAACAAUGGAUGCUCCAGCAAGAGUCCAGUGGUGACUGACUCCAUGAACGCUGCAGUAGAUCUCAGCAGCUGGAACCAUCCGAGCACAGCUGACCCUAAUGCCUCAGGGCCCCGCCCCCACUUGGUCCGCCUCUUUUCUCGAGAUGCCCCAGAUCGCGAGGACAACACCUUCAAAGACCGCCCCUCGGAGUCUGAUGAGCUGCAGACCAUCCAGGAGCACGGCGGAGCUGGCUCAGAUUGUGAAUCUGAGUGUGCAGAGUAGGACCUAAAGUAGAUUUGCUCUUUGCCCUCUCUUUCCUCACUCCUAUUUUGGAAA